AAUCCGUAUCUUUGCGCUUGUCCGCUGCUCACUCUUACAUCCGCCUUUGCCGCCGCUGUUACUGCUGCCAUCUCUGCCUCUCUCAUCGUUCCUUUGCCCAAUCCGCACCCUCACCCGGCUGUCUGUAUCCCCACUUGCACAUCCGCCCGCCUGUGCCCCACAACCAACACUCCCGUGCAUCGAUUUUUGUCCUUGCAGAAUCCACCCCACACCCCGACAUCCUCACCUGCUUGGCAUCCGCAAUGUGCGAGGACUGCUGCGAGAUUUACCAAAAGCGCUUGGCGGUGAUCCAGCGACUGCCACAGGAUGUGCUGACGGUUCUCUGCGGCAUUCUGGCCGUCAACGAUCAUCUGCUCGACGACAUUUGGUCGAGCGACGUGGAUGCUUUGACAAUGGCGGAUCUGCUUCCUCACCUGCAGCGCAUCCGUGCAAACCAUUAUAUCAAGAGCGAGCCGGAGCUAGAGCAAGAGCCAGCGCUGGAACCAGCGCAAGAGCCAGCACUACAACCAGCGCAAGAGCCAGAACGAGCACCAGAGCCAGCGCAAGAGCAGAUGCAGAUGGAAGAGCAAGAGCAGAUGCAAAUGCAAGAGCAGAUGGAAGAGCAGAUGGAAGAGCAAGAGCACGAGCACGAGCUUGGGGCAGAACAAGAGGGAGAGCCGGAGCAAGAGGAGGAGCAAGAGCGAGAGCUGCAGCCGGAGCAAGAUCGCUAUCUUGACCAGGAUCAGGAAACAGAACCAGAAUACGAGCCAGAGCACGAACAAGAAUAUGGGGUUGAUUCGGGGCGAGAGCACGAUCCAGAGCAAGUUCCAGAGCCGGACCAGGACUCUGAGAUCAAGCAAUUCAGCAGCAACCCACAGCAGGCUCCUGACCCAGUGGAUACACCGAUGAAGAUGGAGCAUCCGGAUCAAGAUGCGGCCCCUGCUGAUGUAUCCACGACUCCAGCAACACCUCCUGCCGCACCCGCACCCGCACCCGCACUCCGAGCCAGCGAGCCCGCAUCCCGUCUGCAGACCAGGUCACUAACGGGGCCGUAUACCCGAAAGCCCACCAAGGCGCAGGGAUACGGCAGCUACGAAGACAUGAUCCUUCUCGCGGUCCAAGUAAUCGGUACCAGGUCGAGCGUCAAGCCGAGGGACAUCUUCGACUGGAUGGAGAAGCACAUUCCUCAGCUCCCACCCCGAUUCCGGCCAUCUGCCUCGCAGGCUCUCAAGAAGACCACGGAGAAGGGAAAGCUGAUUCGGGAUGCCCGUGGCAGCUACUCGCUCAACCCAAAGCUCCGACUUCCCAGCACAUCCUUCCAGAAGCCCUUCAUCCAAAGCAUCGUUUGGCGGCCACCGGUGCAGUUCGUCGGCGGAGUCUCGGCUGCAGCGAUGACACCGGUGCUCACGCCGAUGAUGGCACCAGCGAUGGUGCCUGUUGCACCAAAUGCUCCACCAUCCCAGACCCAUGCUUACAUGCGUCCCGAAGCGCCGGUAGCUGCGGCUGGUGGAGCUGGUGGAGCUGGUGGAGCUGGUGGAGCUGGUGGAGCUGGUGGAGCAGGCAGCAUCGAAAGCCCUCAGCCGGCAAGGACGGUUUGGGUCCCGCAAAUUCAGCCCAAGGCCGAAUACCAAGAUCCAAUGCUGGCUUCGCCAGAAACACCGAUCCAAACGGCAAAACGGAGCUAUGUCUUUGGAAAGACUCUGCUCCAGGCGGGGCCUGCCAGCCCUCCCAAGAGCUUCCCGGCCCAAUCCGAAGCCGACCACGACAGCGAUGCCACAGAAGACGGAGAGGAAAUCGAGGUGCUGUACAAUCCGAACGAGCGUCGCAGCCCCAUCGGCAAGUCGGCGGUGACUUCUGGAUGGCGGGUAGUUCCUCGCAGGCCCGCAGGCAUAUCAUCGCCGUCGUCGUUAUCGGGCCAGUACCCGGACUCUCGGAAGCUGGCUUCGGCCUGGACCUCGACACCCACUUCCUUCCGUCCAUAUCCGACCUUUUCACCAGACCAUCGGCACGAGGAUCACUCGCCCGAGCCUACGAGUGCGGCCGGCUUCCAUCCGAAUCAUCCAAGCCAUUCUAAUUAUUCAAAUCACCCAAACCAUCCAAGCCAUCCAAGCCAUUCUAGCCACCACGGUCCAAUUCCGUACCGUGGUCAGUUCUAUACUGCUCCGCCCGCCGAGCCAUCCUUCAGAGACGAUCUGCUUGCCAGAUACGGAUCAGGAUCGCCGAUUCACGCCGCCUACCCCUAUCCGACGGGGACGGAGAGAUUCGCUCCAUCGGAUCGGAAAAGUCCCAUCCAAUUUAGCGGCCGCAGAAGCGAUAUUUCAACAGGCUGGAGUUACGAUCCAAAACAAGGCGCUGCCUGAUCGCCGACUGGGUACCUCCCUCCCUUCCAAGUGCGGCCAAGCCUUCCAAUUGCACGGCCUGCGAACAAGCCCGUGCAUGGAAUCCGCGUAUUGCGUGGUGGUUUGCGGUCGCCGGCGCUGGUGCAGAGCCCAUAUCGAAGGCCUAUCGAUCAUGCCGCAGCCGACAUCUACCCUCCCCUUACCAAAAAUACUGACAAGCUCGGGUGCGUAUAGAGAUGUACUGAUCCUCUUAAUAUGAUCGGGGACGCCGAACGCAACAGGUACCACUGACGUAUAAUGCUCAGUAUACGCUUUAUGCCCAUGUACUUUUCUCCCCUCCCUCCUCUCCCCUUCCUUCAGUGAGCCGAUUGUCAAACCAAAAAUAUAUAUAUAUAUAUAUGCC